AUGGUAGCAGCCGAGGGCAGACGCGGAGAGGGAGUCAUACACCAGCUUAUAGCUGCUGGUGCCGACGUCAACGCUGAAGAUGGUACCAAGCUCAAGAAUACGGCACUGCAUUACGCCGCAAUGACAAACAGCGACACCCUGACUGUCAACGCACUGCUGGAAGCAGGAGCAGACGCUUUUGCACUCAAUCGAAAGGGGUUGUCACCACUUGACCUCGCACGGCAAUAUCGCCGGGAAGCCGUUGCUGCAGCCCUCAUGGAGCACAUGAAAGUGCAUAGAGGGUGGCUGUUCCUACGUGGCAAGUUCCGCUGGAAGAAACGUUGGGGUGUCGUGGUGGCCUGCAAUAAGCAGCGCACAUCGAAAGAGCUGUGCGUGUUCCACAGCCCAGACGACGUUCGCCCUGAUGCUGUACUGCUCGUCGAUGAGUCUGCUCGAGCGUCACCUUUCACCUCCAGCGAUAGCUUUUGCUGGUUGAAACGUGAAUACGCCUUCAUCUUUGACAAACCUGUCAUGUGUCAGCGUGUGAAGCGACAGAAGCUCACGCGCUCCCCUAUUUGCCGCAAGACCAUGAGCCAAGAAGAUGUCCAGACUCGAGAUCUUGUGUUCGCCGCCGACAAUUUCCACAAUCUCGAGCGUUGGCAGCGAGUUUUGCAGAGUAAUAACUUUUAUGACCGCGAGACUGGAGCUCCUCUUUAUGGCAUGCCGCCGUAUGAUGUUCCUCGCGGCGAGCUCUACUAUUGGCCGCAUGAACUCGUCGAGAAUGUGAGAUCGUCAACACUGCGGCAGCAAGAACGACGUGAAGAGAACCGUGAGUCGUUGGCUGAACGGCUGCGUCGUACGCUUGAGCAACCCCAGCCACAGGACGAAGAACCUAUUGAAAAUAUGCUACGAGGUCUGCAGGAACCAAAUACUGCAGACGGCAACAAUCAAGCGCGCGUUCGGUUCGCGACGUCAGAGCUGCAUAAAACCGUCGAGGUGGAACCAGAUUUGUGCGGAAUGUGUUGUUCACAGCGACGCAAUGCAGUCUGUGCCCCUUGCGGACAUCGGGCAGGCUGCCACGCCUGUCUCAGGACUGUUAUGCAUACCUCUCAUGCAUGA